AUUUAAAGACAGGCACAUUCACAAUUGACAUUAUUGGAUCACAAGCUCAACAGCUGCCGGCAACAAUGAAGACUGUUCUAGCAUCGCUGCUCUUUGUCUGCUUUACUGCCUGUUCAGUGAAAGCACUGCAAUGCUAUCAAUGUGCUGCUGCUUUUAACAACAGUGACUGUAACAAGGUGUCCGUAGCCUGCCCCAUUGGAGACUUAUGCAUGACAGCACUCAGCGCCACAAGGGGGAAUCCGAUCAUCAUGAAAAUGUGUAACACCAAAGCUGUGUGUUCUGCUGCUGCUAACAGUGGCAGUUUCUCUAUAGAGGGUUCUGUGAUCAGCGCCAAAGUGACGUGCUGCAAUACUGAUCUGUGCAACGUGAAUGCAGACUAUAAUGGCUCCACCACUGCCAGGCUCAAUGUGCUGCUUCUGGGGGCUUCAGCAGCUCUGCUUUUCCUGCUCAGCAGGAUCACAGCGUAAGGGCAGCAGCACCCAUCGCUAUUCUUCAUUGCCCUUUGGAAGUUUUUUACAUUUUGCAUUUUUGACAAUGCUUUACCAUACUUUGAUGUACCAUACUUGUCUGGGCUUCCACUAUGCAUGACUACAAUUUGCUAUACUUUUAAGAUGGUAUACAACCACCCUCAGUUAUUGAUUUUUAAUUGUACUGUACAAUAUAUAUAUAUUUUUACACUGCAUGCUAUUUUGGGCCAACUGUCCAUCUUUGGAUGUCUAUAUCUGUAUUCGAAUUUCUCAAUAAAUAAUUUGUAACUUGAAAUUUUGUUUUCAAAAUGGCACGGUGCUGUGAAGACACAUACUCACCCAUGCUCAAUUUGUAGUUUCUCUACUCUAAUGCACAUUGUCUGCCUGACCAGCACCCUGAUAAGCAGACCAGGAGCUGAGCUGCUGUGUUAUGUCCGUUUCUCCCCAGAAGAGCAAGCUGCACAAAAGUAUGUAUUUCAUGGGCAGCAGUGUGGUGUAGUGGUUAGGGCUCUGGACUUUUGACCAGAGAGUCAUGGGUUCAAUCCCAGGUAGGGGACACUGCUGCUGUACCAUUGAGCAAGGUAUUUUACCUAGAUUGCUCCAGUAAAAACCCAACUGUAUAAAUGGGUAAUUGUAUGUAAAAAAAUAAAAGUGAUAUCUUGUAACAAUUGUAAGUCACCCUGGAUAAGGGCGUCUGCUAAGAAAUAAAUAAUAAUAAUAAUAAAUAACAGCAAAGAUUUGUUUUAUAUAUAUGAAA